AGGUUAUGCAAUCCCUCAUCAACAGCUAGCAUUAAAGAGGCUGAUUACAGCUUCUAAAGUCUUGCAUCUUGUUGGUGCCCGCAAUGCGGAUUCUCCCCGGUUUUCGAGGAGCACUUCUGUGCUUCUACGUGUCCUUAGUACUUGCUGCAGCCUUCUGCUAUGCCGAUGACAGUACAGCUGAGGUAGUUGGGAUAGGAGAAUGUGCAGAUUGUGCACAGAGUAACAUUAAGACCGUUCAUGCCUUCUCAGGGCUUAAAGUGACAAUUGAUUGCAAGCCUGAAAAUGGAGAGUUUAAGACAAGAGGGGUUGGCGAGCUUGACGAAGAGGGGAAGUUCAAAGUGUCUCUUCCAAAUGAUGUUGUGAAGGAUGGAAAAUUGAAGGAAGAAUGCUAUGCACAACUUCACAGUGCAUCAGCUGCACCAUGCCCAGCCCACAAUGGCCUAGAGUCCUCCAAGAUUGUCUUCAAGUCGAAAACUGAUGAGAAACACACAUUCGGGCUGGCAGGGAAACUGAAAUUUUCACCUGUUACUUGCACUUCUGCAUUCUUGUGGCCUCAUCCACCGAUAACUAAACCGCUUCCAUUGCCUACAUGGAAACUUCCACCAUUGAAAAACUUUCACCAUCCUUACCUAUUCCCACCUAAGGUCUAUCCUCCACUCCCACCAAAGGUCUUCCCUCCUCUCCCACCAAAGGUCUUCCCUCCAAUCUACAAGAAGCCACCUCUACCUCAUGUUCCAAUCUACAAGCCAAAGCCACCAAUCUUCAAGCCACCUCCAGUGCCAAUUUACAAGCCAAAACCAAAACCAAAACCACCAAUCUUCAAGCCUCUACCACCUCCUAUUCCCAUCUACAAGCCUUUACCACCUCCCGUUCCAAUUUAUAAGCCACUGCCUCCAAUCCCAAAGAUCCCUCCAUUUCAUAAGAAGCCAUGCCCUCCUCUUCCUAAGCUUCCUCCUUACCCCAAGAUUCCUCCAAAGUACUUCCACCACCCCAAGUUCGGAAAAUGGCCUCCCUUGCCACCACAUUCUCCCAUUCAUUAGGCUAUUCUGCAGCAUUCUUACAAGAUGCAAGUAGGAUUAAAUAUUACUUCUCAUAAUUAUUUAUGAUUGCUAGUGUGAAGUUCUCUAUGAUGUACUGCAAUAAAGCCUUCAAGAUAGGUUAAGGAACCAAAACAUGAGAUCAUGGAGAGGGAGGAGUGAGGAUUAGUAUUUAUUAAUUAUUACCUUUAUAAUUAUCAAUGAACUUAAAUUGAUUGUCUGUGUGAAUAA